AUGACAUAUAGCAGUGUAAAUCGGAUUAGCUAUAUGUCCUUGUUUUCUAUUACAGAAAACAAGCAAUCAUCAUUUUGCAAGUUUAUUACAUUUGACCGCUCGGUCUUAAUCCCUGAAGGUGGAUUCGAAUUCUUGGGUUCUUGCAAUGGUCUAUUUUGCUUUCGUGCUAAACCAUAUCAAAUAAUGAUUUGGAACCCUUCAUUGAAUGGAAACAUCAAGACAAUCCCAGAUGUUUGGCGGUCGGGCUACAUUAUUAGCAUAUUUGGAUUUGGAUACGAUAUGUAUAAUGAGGACUACAUGGUUGUUUAUGCUUAUUAUGCGGAGAAUAAUGCUUCAUUGGCCACCAUGAAACAAAAACGCAAGCUAGAUUUCCAAGGUGGGUUCUUCUAUUUCUUUGAUGAUGGGAUGAACAGAGUUUUACGGAGAAGGAAGAGUUGUGUCGUCGUGCCGGAGGAUUUAUCAGGGGCUUAUUUGACCCUUUUCUCUUCUUUUAAUUUAACCACCGAAACAGCCAAAGCUAUAGCGUUACCCAGCCAUGAACAUGGAGCUGCCAUUUGUACAGGAUUGCUUUUUGCAGGUUUUCAUCACAAACAUCAAAUGGAAGUUUGGAUUAUGAAUGAGUUUGGAAUUGAAGAAUCGUGGACUAAACUAGUUUGCAUUUCAAACUUACCAAUUCAUCAUCCACUUCCCCGGGGUUCAGAGAACACUGGCUAUGUGUAA